UUUAGAUAAAGGUGAAUAGAAUAUAACUGAAAACACUGGACUGCCAAAGUCGGUCAACUUUUCCUGCAUUGUAAUCGCUGGCUGGUCACUGGCUGGUCACUGUCGUCCAGGCUGUCCUACACUAUAUAGACAAAGUUUCCGUACAACCAAAAUGCUGACCAUAUUCGUUGUGACAUUUAUGUUGGUAUUAAAUCCAAACGAGGCUGUGAGGCAAUCCCUACAAAUUAAUAGCGUGUGGAAUGGAGGUUUCCACGGCAGCUUCACGAUCCACCCAGGUCACGCUAUCAUUGGCUGGACAGCCCACUUGUCCUUCAGUAAAGCCGUACAGACCCUUGAGAUAUUCAAGGCCACAAUCUUAUCUUCAAGCAAUGGUAACAGAGAUUAUUUUGUUCAAAAUGUCCGAUGGGACGGAAACGUUACAGCCGAGGACUCACUGACUGUGGACUUCACCGGCACGAUGGUUGGUGACCAGGCACCGACCGGAACUGUCACAUUGACGGAAGUAACCGUGGGAGGAAGUAGCAAUCACGUGACAAACCCCACUACAUUAGGACCCGCAAUCCCACAAUCAACUAACCAGUCUGUUCUUGCUCUCAAUACCAAGUACGAUUACGCCGAAGCCUUACGUUUGUCAAUACUGUUUUACGCUGCGCAGCGAUCAGGGAAACUUCCGGCAAAUAACCCUAUACCUUGGAGGGGUGACUCCGCUCUGCAAGAUGGACAUGAUGUGCACACUGAUCUCACAGGAGGAUGGUAUGACGCUGGCGAUUUAAUAAAGUUUAAUUUCCCGAUGGCGUCCACCACUACAUUGUUGGUGUGGGGCCUUAUUCGGUGGCCGGACGCCUAUCAGGCCGCUGGACAGCUGGACAAUAUGUAUGACAGCGUCAAAUGGCCACUCGACUACUUCCUAAAGUGUUGGAAGCCAAGCCGUCACACGCUGUAUAUACAGUGUGGUAAUGGGCAUGCAGGGCAUGACUACUGGGGCAGGCCGGAAGACAUGAAUCCAAACAGACCAACGUACAAAGUCACUGCCCAAAAGCCCGGAAGUGACGUGGCAGGGGAGACAGCUGCUGCCAUGGCAGCUGGUUCAAUUGCCUUUCAGUCUAAAGACACAGUCUACGCCAACAGGUUACUUACGGCAAGUAGAUCUCUCUACGUCUUCGCCAAGUCUCACAGAGGAAAAUAUUCGGACAGUGUACAUGAUGUCCAUGAAUUCUAUGCAUCCAGUGGCUAUGAAGACGAGCUAUGUACAGCCGCCGCCUGGCUCUACAAGGCCACUAACGAGACACACUAUCUGACCGACGCUCAGCAGUUCUACGAUUCCGAUACGGCUUAUGCGCUCUCUUGGGACGAUAAACAAAUAUCCUGUCAGGUCCUACUAUGGGAGCUCACCGGUAAGGCCAAGUACAAGACAAGCGUGCAGCACUUCCUGCAUAACUACAUGCCCGGAGGAAAUGUACCUUACACUCCCUGUGGUCUUGUCUUCAGGGCCAAGUGGGGCUCUCUAGCAUUUGCAGCUAAUGCCGCUUUUGUCGCUCUCAUGGCCUCUGAGGAUGGGAUAGGUGGAGCUGACUACAAGACUUGGGCUCUGUCGCAGAUAGACUACGCCCUUGGGGAAAACAAUCAUAACUUCAGCUACGAGAUCGGAUUUGGUUCGAAAUACCCCGUCAAGCCUCAUCACGUGGGAAGUUCGUGUCCGAGCCCUCCGGCUACAUGUGACUGGGAUGCAUUCAAUUCUCAUGCUCCGAACCCGCACAUCCUUUAUGGAGCCCUGGUAGGGGGUCCAGGUCAUCAUGACGACUACACUGAUGACCGGAAGGACUAUGUCAAGAACGAAGUGGCUUGUGAUUAUAACAGUGGCUUUCAAUCUGCAUUAGCAGGGCUGGUGCACUUCGCGCUCCAGCACGAUCUGCCAGCGGCUCCAACACUGAGAUGCAGUAGUCGUAAAAGACACUGACACUGCUAGAAAGCCUGUCAAAGACCAGAGAUAAAGCAUCGCCACUCCCAGACCUCUGUCAUCUCUGUCCCGCUAUCACCUCAUAAUUACAGCAGAGGUCAGACAAAAAUAAAAUUAUCUGG